AUGGUGAGCCUGGUUUGCAUUCUCGUCGCUGCGGCGGCCGUGAUGGUGGGUGCCGACAGGAGCAAUCUGCCACCGACAUGUGAUAGCCUAAUAUACUGCCACGGACCGUUGCUGCAUACGGUCCAGAUGGCUGGUCUCUACAACGACUCAAAAACCUUCGUUGACAUGAAGAUCAAAUUCUCGCCAAACAUUACCUUGCAGCACUUCUUCCAGAUGAUGAACAGAUCCCACCCGAUGCCGCCCACGAAAGCGGAUAUCCAGGAGUUCGUCAAUCAGAACUUCGACCCUGAGGGCUCGGAAUUCGAGGACUGGCGGCCCACCGACUGGAAGGACAAUCCGGCGUUCCUCCAAAGGAUCAAGGACCCCCUCCUCCACCAGUGGGCGUCGGAAUUGAACCGCCUCUGGCUGGACCUCGGCAGGAAGAUGAAGGAGGAGGUGAAGAAGAACCAGGACCUCUACUCCAUCAUCUACGUCGACAACCCCGUGAUUGUGCCCGGUGGCCGCUUCCGCGAGUUCUAUUACUGGGACUCCUACUGGAUCAUUAAGGGUCUUCUGCUCUCCGAGAUGCGCGCCACCGCCAAGGGGAUGGUCUCCAACUUCCUGGACAUCGUCGACAGGAUUGGUUUCAUUCCGAACGGCGGCAGAAUCUACUACGUAAUGAGGUCUCAGCCCCCGCUCCUCAUACCGAUGGUCCAGCUGCUGAUGGAAGACUCCUUCGACCUGAACUUCCUCGAGCAGCACAUCCACACCCUGGACAGGGAGUUCGAUUUCUGGAUGAACAACCACACCGUGGAAAUCGAACAAGACAGACGGAAAUACUCUUUGCUGAGGUACUACGACCAGUCGCAGGGGCCGAGGCCGGAAAGCUACAAAGAGGAUAUUGACUGCGCGAAGCACUUCGACACGACGGACAAGAAGGAGGAGCUUUACGCCGAGCUGAAAUCCGCCGCCGAAUCAGGAUGGGACUUCUCGUCCAGAUGGUUCAUACUGAAUGGCACCAACAAAGGUAACCUGACCAACCUGAAGACCAGGUCGAUAGUGCCCGUGGACCUGAACGCCAUCAUGUGCUGGAACGCGGAGAUAAUGGCGGACUUCUACCAGAGGAUAGGCAACGCCGACAAGGAGAGAUACUACCGGGAGACGCAUGCUAGAUUCAUGGAGGCGAUAGAGCAGGUGUUGUGGCACGAAGACGUCGGCGUUUGGCUGGACUACAGCUUGGAGUCCGGCCGGAGGAGGGACUAUUUCUACCCCUCGAACGUGGCCCCGUUAUGGACUGGUAGCUACGACAGGGCCAGGACUGAGUACUUCGUUAGGCGGGUCAUAAAUUAUCUGGACAAAGUGAAGGUGGACAUAUACGAGGGCGGCAUCCCCACCACGUUCGAGCACUCGGGCGAGCAGUGGGACUACCCCAACGCGUGGCCCCCGCUGCAGUACAUAGUGGUGACGGGGCUGGCGAACACCAAGAUGCCCGAGGCCACCAGGCUGGCGUACGAAAUGGCCACCAAGUGGGUGCGCUCCAACUUCGAGGUGUGGAAGCAGAAGACCGCCAUGCUGGAGAAGUACGACGCGACCAUCUUUGGAGGCUACGGUGGGGGUGGCGAGUACGUGCUGCAGACUGGUUUCGGCUGGACGAACGGAGUGGUCAUGGCGUUGCUAAACAGAUACGGAGAGACGUUGUCGGCAGCUGACGCGUUCGGCGCCGCCGCGGACUCUGGCGCCGUUUACGGGGCUCAAGUGGGGGCCAGCGGGGUCGCCACGGCGGUCCUCGUGGUGAUGGCGUCCGUAGCGGCCGGAGCCUUGGGACUCAUGGUUUACUGGAAGAGGAAGGACUACAUCGCCCUGACGGGCGGUGAAGAUCUCAAGUUGUUGUCCAGGAGGCCGUACACAGAACUGAGGAGUAUGAACGGAAUAAAAGACAACGCGGAGAAGGUGAAAUCGAUUUUCGUUCGAUACGCAAGCUCGCGACAAAACAGAUGUGCUAAGACUGAUGACAGAAUAGACGCUUUCGUUGAGAGCACUGUGAACUUUCUAGUGAACAACGGGAGGUUCGAAGAGCUGCUAACAAACUAUGACAUCAGUGAGUGCAAGGGGAAGAACGAUUCGAAGUAUUUGGGGAGGCAUUUGAGCGGCCUAUUAUUACACGACGAUGUUCCAGACACGCACUGGCAGGAGUACAAAUCAUUCUUCGAUAAGAAGUAUUACUCGCGCAACCACGAGAUGGCGUCACUGGCUGUUUGGCGGGAUAACCUAAAAGUGGUCGCGAAGCACAAUCGGGAGUUUCUGUCAGGGAAGCGAUCAUUCUCGUUGCACCUAAACAAUUUCGGUGAUUGGGUCGACUGGCGGAGUCGAGGCUUUAAGCCACGGCGUGAGGAGCAAUGGCACUGCGGGGCGUGUUAUGCUUUCGCCGUGACGCACACCCUCCAAGGUCAGCUGUUCAAGACGCACCGGCGGUGGGUGGAACUGAGUCCGCAGCAAAUCGUCGACUGCAGCAGUGCGGACGGGAACGGCGGAUGCUCUGGGGGAUCCCUGCAGGGAGCGUUCAGGUACGCGGCGAGGGUGGGCCUCGCUGCGGAAACGCAGUAUCCAUAUCUCGGAACGGAAGGUAGAUGCCAUUACAGCGGUCUGGUAAGGGUCAGGCCUCGGAGAUGGGCUACUCUACCCGCAGGAAACGAAUUGGCAUUGGAAAGGGCCCUUGCUACUAUCGGGCCCCUUGCCGUCGCAGUCAACGCCGCCCCCAUAACCUUCCAGCUGUAUAGAAGCGGUAUUUACGACGAUCCGUUCUGCAUACCGUGGAAGAUGAACCACGCGAUGUUGCUAGUUGGUUACACGCCGUCCUACUGGAUUCUGCUGAACUGGUGGGGCCGGCAUUGGGGAGAAGAUGGGUACAUAAGAAUUCGUCGUGGCUUCAACACGUGCGGUGUUGCGAAUAUGGCGACUUAUGCUGAGCUG